AUGGCGCGAACGAAGCAGGUUGCAUUUAUACGGCGAUAUAACCACAAGUCGCCAGUUUUCCUCGACCAUUGUGGAAACAGCUAUACCGUGGUCGGAGCAACGCCCGACUCAUGCUCCAACCCGUCGACCAUCAUCAAAUUGAGCAUUCACCUGUAUACUCUGUCCGCUUUGACAGAGCCUCCAGAGGAAAUCGGUUCCAAGUUGCUCAGCAGCCAUGGUAUUACAGGCAGUGGAAAUCUACACGAUUACUGGCCCCGUGUAGACGUGUACUCUCCACUGGGGAGUAUCGAAGAGUGCAUGGAGCACCACCGGGCUGAAAAGAUUUACAGAAAUAAAGCCGUGGAGGAGAUGCAUAGGGAGGCAAGGGCUUCGGCUGAUAACGAGGAGGGUGCCGAGGAAGCCGUACGGAGUCUACGAGGGAAACAACCCUUGCCGCAUAUCGUCCCGAGCUGGGCAUGUACAGAGCGGUUCUGGAAUCAGUAUUCUUACGGACAUGGCUGGCGAUAUCGCAGUUUUAUCCUCGUCGUACCCGAGGAUUGUCGAUGCUGGGAUGAUGUUGAGGAAAAGGGACUGUGGAUAGUAUGCUUCGAUCAGGAUGUCACCCCGGCGAUGGAGACGCAUAUGUGGGACUGUCAGCGGGAUGAAGACUUGGAAAUCGACAAUGGAGAGGGAUGGGUCGAGGUUGAGAGGAUCGAGUACGGACCUCCUGUUCUCAUCAAACGUGUUUCGCUUUGCAGGGAGGACCAGCAGCCUGGUGGAAGAGGCAAUUCGACGAUUACUUCUACUCUGUAUGACAUGUGGAAUCAGAUCACACGAGUGCUGAAUGAUUGUACAUAUCGGCACCCCUUGUGCUAUGGUUGCGCAGAGGAUGCUCCCCAUGAAUGUGAGCUCGAAAUGGAUGACCACUACUUUGAUGAAGAUGCACAAUGUGUGGCCUGUCGACAGGCAUCUGAAUAUCGACGCAGGAGCAAGAGAUUGAACUGUCAUGGAGAGAUCGUUUGCAAGCGCACCCCUAAAGCCUUGGAGGCCGCUGUAUGGAAGCAAAUCAGCAAGACUCUGGAAAGCUCUGGAAUUUGUACAAACUCCAACACAGUGACAAACACAUUGUGGCUUCAAAUGACCAAUUCAUUCAUGUUGCCUAUCAAACAGGCGAUUUUGGACCUGGCAGAGCUGCAGGUAGCCCAUGAGCGCAACGACGAUGACACUGAGGAUGUGCCCCCCUCUUUUGGCUCUGGUCGAAGACAGCGAGUCAAGCGGUUUGAAACAAAGCUGGCCGGAUGGUUUGGCCGCGUGGUCUGCGACGAAGGCCACGCAGCCAAAACCGUCCGGACAAGGGUGCACCAGGCCGUCGCUAGGCUAGAGGCACUCCACGUGUGGUUUCUGACCGCCACACCCCUGUACAACUGGGCGUUCGACCUCUGCGGAUACCUUGCAAUUCUGUAUUCGGGACUUCGCCGGUCCAACAUCAUUGAUGACACUGCGGAUGAUACAGACUGGUUCGCAGAAUACAAACAAUACGCGAACAUGCAGCACCUCCCAACCCCUCCACCAUACCGACUGCUGAUGCCGAAGGCGUUCGUGAGCCUAUUCCAGCGGGGGCAUCUUGCCCCCCAGAACGCAUACUGGGCCCUCCCAGCGCAGGAGAUGGUCAGAGUAGCUGCUGAGGCCAACGACGAUGAUGCACCGGAGGAAGUCAACCCCACAACGCCUGGUGGGCCGGGCGAGGCACAAGCCCGCAUGUCCCUCUCGGCAGAGGCGCCGGCAUACGAUGCUGCGUGCCAGGAGCUGGCCCUCGACCCGGUCAAUCCUUUGCUGGUCAUCCCCAGCAACAUGAACCAGCCGGCGACCACACUUAAGCCCUGGCAGGUCAUAGCUCUGGCCGUCAUCCCUGAGACAGAUGAUGAGAGCUACAAUAAAUCCCUUGAACCGAGCUACAAAAGGGAACGUGACUGGAAUGGUGAAGAUGACGGUCCUACUUGCCGUGAUUCGCCGAAUCCAUGGUGUAUAGGAUGGGACCAAGAUGAUAAGAAGGUACCAUUGGAUGAAAGGGCAUUCAAGAAGUCUUCGUUGAUGCACGGCACCGACAACAAGGCAUUUACUCAAUUGCCAAGCUCUGUUGGUGGCAGGGAAUCCACCAAGUUUGGAAACGAAGAUGAGUCUACCAACGAAAACCUCAACAAUGAGAUCGAUAUAGAUGCAUGCGAGACGGGGGGAAUUACGACCAUGAUAGAGAAUGAGGAUUUCUCUGGUUUUCUUACUGACCAUGACGAGUUGAUUCAAGAGGAUUUGGAAGAUGAAACAGGCAAUGACACGCUUUCCAAGCAUCUGAUCCUGCGAAUAUCGACGAUCCGUCGAUGUAUCAUCGACUGUUGUCAGGGACACGCUGUCAUGUCUACCCAUCGUACACAUGCGGGUUGUUUAUUAACCAACAGUAGCAUAGUCAGGAAUACAACUAUCAUCUUCCGUCAUACGAGCUUACGCAUACACUGCACCUGCCAAUUGAAGUCCUUGUCUACCAAGGAUAUCGUGAGCGACGAGGAUGUCAGCAAGUAUCCAUGGGGCCGUCCAGCCUACGCAUUACAAGCAACUCUUGCUAAAGCGCCUCGAUACACAAGAGAUGCUGUUUUCACACUGGAAGCGAACAAUGCGCUCCGGCGUAUUGAAAGUUGGUUCUUCAAGCUUUCCAAGUUGGACGUUGCCACCAUCGAGGACUGGGCUUUUCCAGCCAAGGUCAGAGAUCCUGUUCUUGCAAUACUCAAAUUGCUCGGUGCGGAUAAUACAACCCACCCUGGGUUCUUCAAGCCUGACGGAAACUGA